AUGACCAGACCAACUGCGCCAUGCCUCACUGCAGACUACUACACAUACUCCACUUAUUCACCGAGAGACGACUUCUACGGCGGAUAUGAGCCAAAAAAUGAGCAUCACGACUACAAUCACGUGUCAGUGCCAAUGAGGAGAGAACCGGAGAAGGCGGCUACCAAGACUCAGAGAGGAGGAGCUGAAGACUCAUCUGCUGCUCACUGUGUCUCCUUCAUCUAUUUGUCCCUUGCCAUCAUCGUCAUUGCAUUCACUGCUUUCAUGUACUAUCAUGGAAUCAAAAACACGUUUGUGAUCUACCUCGCUGGUGGCAUGGGUGUCAUUGUCCUGACCAGUAUUCUGAUGCACGUUGGAAUCAGCAUCCAACAACCAUUCCUCUGCAUUCCAUUUGUCGUUUUGAGAACAUUGGAGACAUUUGUCAGUUUGAUCUUGCUGGGAGCAUUCACCUACGCUAUUGUGAAACCUGAAAGCGACAUGUUCAUGUUUUUCCUUCAAUGCACUAAGAUGGCUGCUCAAGUUUCUGUGUCGCCAAAUAUCAAAUUUGAUCUUGUUGAUGCAACCUUCCAACUGUGCAUCGUCGGCUGGUGCAUCUCCUUGGCCUUCCUCGCUGUGUCCGUCUACGUCUGCCGUGUGGCAUUCCAUUGCACAAUGUCGAUUGCUGAUCAAGUUCGGUACAAACGUUAUCAGCAACACGUUAAUACUUCUUCGCAACCACGUUUUGCCGGUGACGAGUUUUUGUGUGCAUGA